AUGUUUGCUCGCACAAAAAUACAACCCGAAGACGGCAUCGUAACACAGCUGUGCCGGCUUGGUGUCGAGCCGAAAGAGCUACAGGCCGUUAUCCUCAGUCACCUGCAUGGUGACCAUGCAGGUGGGCUAGAGGAGUUGCUGAGCAGUGCGCCAGAUGUUCCCGUCUAUGUUAGCAAACUACACUGGGAGACAUUCGGAGAAAGCCCUGUGGCUGCCACAUUAGCUGGUUGCAAUCCUCAGCGAUGGCCAUCAAACUUUGUACCUAGGCUUUUGGAGAUGACCGAUGAGGCUGUUGGGCCAUGGGAGAGUUCAAGCAAGAUCACUACGGAUGGCCGCAUCUUAGCAGUCAGCACACCUGGUCACGUUGCGGGUCACAUAUCGCUGAUUGUCUACGGCGACUCACACGAUGGGAACUCCACAACCUACUUUCUCCCGGCGGAUGCGACAUAUGGUUUGGAUCUGCUGGACGCAGAAGAAGUGGAUGGGGUCACGGAGGCACCGGAGACAGCGCUGGAUACUAUAAAACGCAUUAAGCAGUACGCUGCCGAAAAGGAGGUGGUAAUCCUUCCGAGCCAUGAUCCGAAUACACCACUUUAUCUGAGGAACCGAAAAGUCUACCAAUCACGCCUUUCCUGA